CGCUUCCCCGGCGUCCCGCCCCCGCCCCGCGCAGCCCGCGGAGUCCCCUCCGGCUCCGUCCCUCCCGGGCUGGGGGCCCGGGGGCGGCGGCGGGUCCCGACCGGUUCCUGGGCCGAGCCGAGCCGAGCCAAGCCGCACUGGCUUCUUUGUCUACAGGCGGCGGCCGCCCCGGGCCCCGGCCUCCCGGCCCGGGCUGUGAGAUGAAUCUCUAAUCGGUAGCCACCAGGCACCCGGGGCGAAGGCGGCUCGGGCUCGGGCUCGGGCUCCGAUUCUGACUCACAAGAUCUAUUUGGAGACCACUGCGUGACCCGGUACCAAGUGACAGAUUCACAGCAUUUGAUGUUCCAGAAGGAUGUGCUAGGUGUAGGCCGACCCCCACUCCGCCCUGACACGUGACCAUGGAUCCAGGAGCUGGUCCAGAGUCAUCUCUGACUGUCAACGAGCAGGUCAUCGUGAUGUCAGGCCAUGAGACUAUCCGUGUGCUGGAAGUUGGCGUGGAUGCCCAGAUCCCUGCUGAAGAGGAGGGCAAAGGACUGGAAGCUGUGGCCGCUGAGGGCUGCGAGAGCAGAGGCCCUGCUGAAGCCAAUGAACCUGCUGGUGAAGCUGGGCCAGACAACCCAGACUCCUCUGCAGAGGCAACUGUGAAGUCACUCCCAGCAAUCCCUUCAAGCCCUGUCCCCGCGGUCGCCACCUUCAGCCAAGCCCCAAGCCAGCCUCAGGCAUCGCAGACCCUGACGCCACUGGCUGUACAAGCUGCCCCCCAGGUCUUGACUCAGGAAAACUUAGCCACAGUUCUGACAGGAGUUAUGGUUCCAGCAGGGGCAGUUACUCAACCUCUUCUUAUCCCCAUCAGUAUUGCAGGUCAAGUGGCUGGUCAGCAGGGGCUGGCCGUGUGGACAAUUCCUACAGCAACCGUGGCUGCCCUCCCAGGACUGACCGCCGCUUCUCCUACGGGGGGAAUUUUCAAGCCACCUUUAGCCAGUCUCCAAGCAGCCGCCGUGCUGAACACCGCUCUCCCGGCACCUGUGCAAGCUGCCCCACCGGUACAGGCCUCCUCGCCUGCCCAGCCCCGGCCACCAGCUCAGCCCCAGACGCUGUUCCAGACCCCGCCGCUGCUGCAGACCACGCCUGCCAUUCUACCACAGCCCACUGCUGCCACCGCCGCUGCCCCCACCCCCAAGCCAGUGGACACACCCCAACAGAUCACCCUCCAGCCUGCGGGCUUUGCAUUUAGCCCGGGAAUCAUCAGUGCUGCAUCCCUCGGAGGACAGACCCAGAUCCUGGGCUCCCUCACUACAACUCCAGUCAUUGCCAACGCCAUUCCCAGCAUGCCAGGGAUCAGCAGUCAGAUCCUCACCAGUGCUCAGGGACAGGUUAUUGGAACACUCCCGUGGGUAGUGAACUCGGCCAGCGUGGCAGCCCCGGCACCAGCCCAAAGCCUGCAGGUCCAGGCUGUGACCCCCCAGCUGCUGUUGAAUGCCCAGGGCCAGGUGAUUGCAACCUUGGCCAGCAGCCCCCUGCCUCCGCCUGUGGCAGUCCGGAAGCCAAGCACGCCUGAGUCCCCUGCUAAGAGUGAGGUGCAGCCCAUCCAGCCUACGCCAGCUGUGCCCCCACCUGCUGUGGUCAUCGCUAGCCCAGCCCCAGUGGCCAAGCCAUCUGCCUCUGCCCCCAUCCCAAUUACCUGCUCGGAGACCCCCACUGUCAGCCAGCUGGUGUCCAAGCCCCAUACCCCGAGCCUGGAUGAGGACGGGAUCAACUUAGAAGAGAUCCGGGAGUUUGCCAAGAACUUUAAGAUUCGGCGGCUGUCCCUGGGCCUCACGCAGACCCAGGUGGGGCAGGCUCUGACUGCAACAGAAGGCCCGGCCUACAGCCAGUCAGCCAUCUGCCGGUUCGAGAAGCUGGACAUCACGCCGAAGAGUGCUCAGAAGCUGAAGCCCGUGCUGGAGAAGUGGCUGAAUGAAGCCGAGCUCCGGAACCAGGAAGGCCAGCAGAACCUGAUGGAGUUUGUGGGAGGGGAGCCCUCCAAGAAACGCAAACGCCGCACUUCCUUCACCCCCCAGGCCAUAGUGGCUCUCAAUGCCUACUUCGAGAAGAACCCACUGCCCACGGGCCAGGAAAUAACUGAGAUUGCCAAGGAGCUCAACUACGACCGGGAGGUCGUGCGGGUCUGGUUCUGCAAUCGGCGCCAGACACUCAAGAACACCAGCAAGCUGAACGUCUUUCAGAUCCCUUAGGGCUCAGCCCCCAGCCCUGUGUUCCAGCACUUUGUACUUGUCCCUUGGCACCCGGCUGCAGCCACGGCUGUGACAGCACCUGUCGUUCUGCUACAUGUGGCUGUGCUUGUCCUGGGUCUUGAGACUCCACCGUGUGCAUGUGUGUCAGUGGCCUCCCUCCCACCCCCCACAUAGUGCACACCACGGGGAGGCAGAGGAGCCUGCCGAGGGUGCCAGGCUCUGGCUGGUCAUGCUGAAGGAGGGAAUUGUGGUGUCACUUAAAUAAGCACUUUGCUAAUGUGGUUUUGGAAGAGUGAAUUCUGCCCCGUCUUUGGGGCAGGGCUGUAGCAGCCCCUAAGGACUGGCUAUUAGCUCUUGUUUUCGAUGGCAUUCUCUUUCCACCCUCUCUUCUCUCCUCCUCUGUGUAAGUGUGGCAGGUAUGGCGUGUCCACAGGACCACAGACUCACCCCCCUUUGCCUACAGGCACUCUGUCCCCUGAAAGAACCUAAGAGACACAAUUCUGAAAAGUGUGAUGUGCUGCUCAGAAGGUCAGACUUGGUGUCUACCUUGACCUCAAGGUCAGAAGGUUCCACAGCCUUGGGACCAGAACAUGGCACCUCCUCCCACCUCUCCCUGGUUCCUAUGGAGGAAAAUUGCACUAAAGAAGAACCUUUUUUUUUGUAAUCCAUGUUGGAAGGAAGCAACAGAGAGCUCUAGCUGUCCUGGAGUUGACCUGGAUCUGUGGUAGGUCAGGAAUUUAGUAAGUAAGGCCAUUCUUCCAGGUUUUAAUCUAAUCUCUGUCCAUGACCAUCUCCUCCCAGAACCGUUGCAGCCUGGAAAACCCGCGACCCCCGUAAGCAGACACUUUGGAGAAAAAUGAGGAAAGAUGUGCUGACUCUUUCUCUUGUCCUCACAUUAUUCCCCAACCCCGGAUCAGGGCCUUCUCAGAAGGCGCAAAUUCAACAGCAAACUGGGCAGCAAGGCCUGGGAGGAAGGCCAACAUCCAGAAAGGGCAGAUGGCAGCCCAGGAAGGUCUUUUGUGGAAGUCUAACUCUAACUUUCUUUGUCACUUUAAGCCUUGGAUACUGGGGGAGAAAUCUUGUUUUGUUCAGAGACUUAGACCCUGUGUUUGUGUGAGCAAUCCCUCCAGUGCUCCACUGAACCAAGAAGGCCCCUGGAGCAGGACAGCUUUUGCCCCCAGAGAGGGUAACCGUGGCACUUUGGGGGUUGGCAGCUCAUCUGGGCUCCUAACUGAGUGUCCCAGCCCCAGUGUGGCUGGGUAACCCCUGGAACUCUGCAUGCGGCUCCAGGAAGUCAGCGAGCACCGAGAGGUUUGCUUAGAUGAACCCAGCCUUGCUGUGCAGACUGUCUGUCCAGGGCCACGAGUCACGGGGGUCAGCCGCCACCCACCCCCUUCACUACUCCUGUCCUGACAGAGCCGAGUCUCUAGCAGUUGCCCUCCACUGCCCCUCACAUGAUACACCCCGAGGAGGUGACUGCCCGGUGAGGGCCUGUCACCAGCUCUGCUGGUCAUUGCAGCCACCUCCUAGCCUAGCUUCCUCUAGAAUGCUGUUUCCUGCCUACAACUGGUCCCUCCCAGGCCCCGCAGUGCCAGCAUGGCCACCCUCUGGGUAGCCCUGCCAGUGGGAAGACAGCUGUGUGUCAAAGUGCCACAUGCACACACUCCCGCCCACUGUAUUGGGACCAACAAGCCAGCCUCAGUGCAGUGGUGGUGAGGAAGCGGGUGGGCAUCUUGCCUGCCCCAGCUUCCCAGGAGAAAAUGUCUCCAAAGUGGGGAGGUUCCACACUCAAGUUCAGGGUUAUCCACCUGUCUCCAUGAGACGAAGGGAGGGGUGUUGUAAACAAGUGUUCAGUAACACUUGUUUACAACAAGUGUUAUAAAGUACUAUAAAGUGUUAUAAAGUACUGGAGUUUGUUAAGGAUUCAGUGAUUUGCCCUCCAAUAAAUUAGAGAGAUCCAGGCUCUCACCCUCAAACACUUGAGUUCAGAUGCGUUUUCUUCCAGGUGGGUCACAGGCAGUAUCCAGGAGUAAUGGAUAAUCCAGGGUGUGUCCAUGGCAGUGGCCACGCAGUACACCGUCUGUCUGGUAUCUGGGCAGGAAAAGAUAAUGAACUGCUGGUCUAAAUUAGGGCUGGCCGUGCUUUCUCAGCUCCCCUCUCAUCUAAAUUUGUCUUCCCAAGGCUGGGGUACAGCGAAACCAUUUUCUCCUCUGCAGGGAGGAUGGCGGGUCUUCCAGAGAAACAGUGUCGGGGGUAGGAUAUUUGCAGACUGGAUUCCCCAGGCAGGAGGGCGCAGAGUGUCCCUGAAGUGUGCCCGAAGCAGAGCUCGCCAGCCUCAAUCUCCUGCUUCCCCCUGUGGGGAACCCCCCGCCCUCACCCCGGGAAAGCACCUGUGGCGCUGAGGUGGGUUUUCUGUUUUGUUUCUGGAAGCAUCAGACUCUGAAGGGAGUUGAUGUCAAUUUUGUUUUGAAAGCAGCUUUCUGGACUUAAAGCCAGAGCUCAGCAUCUCCUUUGCCAUGGAAAGGAGGGAGAAACGGCAGUUCUGGUUUCACUGUUUGCUUGUGGUUUUGUUUGUUGGUUUUUGUUUUAAAUAAAAGAAAGACCAAAACUUUCUAUGGCCUGGUGAAUUAGCUGAGACCUUUGAACCUGCGUUAUGCAUGGUAUUUUACCUAGGUGAGGUCUGAGGAAAGGAUCUGGCCAACUGGAUUGAGGAACACACUUGAAAUUGGAAUGAGAAUCCCUGACCUUUUUUGGGUCCCUGGACACCCAGUCAUCUUCCUACGGUUGGAUUCCCAUCCAGUCUGAAGGCCAGGCUCUGAUGCUGAGGUUCUGUCUGUCCCCGACAUGGGGCCAAACCUACUGGGGGCUGGAG